AAAGAAUUUAAUAAACUUCAAGUUGAAAAGUUGAGAAAUAAUGAAAAUAAUAAUAAUAACAAUGAAAAUAAUUUGAAACUAAUAACAAACAAUCAAACGAUAAUUGAAAUUGAUCGAAACAAGUGUGACGUCGUAGCGGAAGGCGUGAAUAUAAAAAUAACACAGGAAAUUGAAACCAAGAAACCGUUCAAAGUUUCAGAGAUACCUAGUGUUGAGAUACAGCCAUCAACAGUAAAUAAAAAUGAUACAAUAUCGGCGACUAUUUCUUCCAAUUCUGUUAACAAUAAAAUCAUAAAUCCCGAACAACAAAUAAAAAUACAAAUAAAUUCUCAUAUACCCACUACGACGGUAACUCAGAGUAUAUUUGAAAAUAAAGCAACGUCGCCCGUCACUGCUAAACUAACCGCCACUACCACUUCCACUGCUACUGCUUCUACUACUGCUCCUGCUGCUGCUGCUGCUGCUGCUGCUGCCGCUGCCGCCGCCGCUUUAUUGCUGCAAAAUAAUUGUUAUCCUUUAGCGGCCGUAAAAACACAAUACGUCGAAGAGAAACGUCCCAAAACUGUAACAUCGUCAAUAAUACGUGCCGCACCGAUUAUCAAUAACAUACCGACAACCACAUCGACGUCAUCGGUUUUGCAAUUGCAAUCGCCGAAUGGGGUGCCACGAGCUCAGUCCGUGACAGCUUCAGUUUUUACACCGUUGUCGCAAUUGAAAUCUUUACAAACGGAUAAAAUCAUCGCUGCCAUUUCAGGACAACAGCAACAGCCAACCCAACAGUCAUUACAGAAAUCAUUGAAUCAAGAUAUGAAUAAAGGAUAUUUAACAUUCGCUGAGGAUGCCACCGAAUUAACAAUGCUUAAAGAAGAACCCGAUGAUUUCACCGGCCAGUUAGUGGCUCCGAAUGCGGUGGAUGCGUGCAUACCGUUAGACGAGUCGGCACCUUUGUUUGGUGAGAUGUUAGUGGGUCUAAUGGGCUCCUAUGGUAGUCUCUUGCCAGACGAUAUUAAUUCGUUGGACUCAUCUGUAGUCAACGAGCAGCAAGCAAAUAAAUCAAACAAUAAUAACUCAGCGUUAUAUCAACAAGCAGCGGUGGCCGCACCUUCUGGAAGCAUUAUCAAUCCGGCAAACGUAAAUAACUCUAGUGUCGUUAAUAACAGUAGUGGUAAUAGUAGCAACAACAGCAAUACUACAAAUAUCGAUCCAUUUAUCAGUUAUCGUGACGAGUCAAAUGAUACCAAUUGCUCGCAGCAUUUAUUAUCACCAGCGGGUGUUACCACAACGAGUCCCGAAGGCAGCAGCAGUUUACCGUCUUUGUGCAGCCCAAACUCAUUAAGUCAAGAGGAUGAUUUUCCAUAUUAUACGAUGAAUGUUGAUGACAUGGAUGAUUUGACAAUGCGCGCUCCGUAUAUACCGAUGAACGAACAGGACGAUUUACCGCUGUUAACUAGCGACGAAUUUAUGUGGUACGGAAAUAAUACUUUCACCAGCGAAGAUUUAAAUAUGCACACUAAAGAGACAGAGACAAUGCAAAAGCAAUUGCAAUUGCAACAAACAUUAAACUAUCAAGAGCAACAACAGCAGCAGCAGCGUGAGCAAUUCAAUCAACAAUUUUCAAAUUCGUUAUGCUCUUCACCGGCAUCUACAGUGUCUUCAAUGUCUCCCUCGCCGUUGCAACAACAGCAACAGCAGCAAAACUCUUUACAAAUAUCGCAACAGCAACAGCAACAACGACCACAAACGGUCUUUACAACAGAUUCUAGUGAAUUGGCGGCUUUACUAUGCGGCACAGGCGAUGGCACUCUAUCAAUAUUGAAUGAUCAUUGUUUAACUACCACGAGUUUGGCAAAUCGUGGAGUUAAUAGUGCCAGCGUUAAUGGCAAUGAUGGUGGCGGUAAUGGUGAUGACGGCAGUAGUGGUGUCGUUGCUGGUGGCGGUGAUGGUGGUAGUAGUAGCAGUAAUGACGGCGGUACAAAUAUGAAUUGCUCUGUUGGUAGCAGUGGUAAUAAUAUUGACGGUCGCACUUUUAAUGGCGUACGAGAACAACAACAAUUACAACAACAAUGUUUGCAACAAUUGCAAGAGCAGUUGCAACAAACACAACAUGAACAACAGCUACAGCAGCAACAACUAAUAAGCAAUUUAAAUAUAAAUUCGAAAAAGGAGAAAUUCAAUACAACACUAACAACGGCACCGAUUCUUUACGAUACCAUUGAGGAUACAUUCGAAAAUAUUUAUGAAAAGAAUUCAGCAAAUCUCGAUUGUUGGAAUGAAUUUUUACAAAUCAGUCCGAUAGAAAAUGCACCAACGACAACCUCAACUGCAACAGGAACAGCAACAACAGCUUUGACGCAUCAACAGCAGUUACCGCAAAGGGAUAAUUUAAAGCAGGAAGACUGUAAACAGCAAUUGCACUUACACUUGAUACAAUCGCAACAACAACAACCGCAUCAACAGCAACAACAGCAGCAGCAACAACAACAACAAACGCCACAAAAUAUCAUAAUAAACGCUGUGCCAUUGAUAACAAUACAAAGUAAUAAUAAACAAUUAUUAAUACCGACAGUGCAACAUCAGCAGCAGCAGCAACAACAACAAUCGAGCAAUGUAAAACUAUUAAAUUCUCAAGGAGCUAAAGUGACGACAGUAAAAUUACCACCGCUAACGAAUGCGACGACCAUAAGAAUUGCAGAACAUAAUAAUAAACAGCAAUCGAAGCAACAACAGCAGCAACAAAAUUUGGAAAGUCUCCAAAAUUAUCAAAAUAUACUGCAUCAACAAUCGCACUCAAACAAUAAAAGGCAUUUGACAAAUCCCACGACAAACUCGCAAAUCGAAUCAAAGAGAUUGAAAAAUAAUGCAGGAGCAACUAUUGAGUCAAUACAAAAUAAUAAUGAAUCAAGUAUACUAGAAAAGGCAACAGGAACAACAACAUCAGCAACGACAGCAACGCCAACAAAGACAUCGACCAAUACAACCCAAUUGCUGCAACAAUUGAUACAAACGACUAAUAAACCGCAGAAACAGCAAACAGAUUACAAAAGCAGAAGCAAUUACGAUACGAUUAAGGAUAACCGAUAUGGCGCUGCUGAUGACGGUGGCGGCGGUGGGAGCAGUGGCGGUCGUAAUAUGAUUAGAUGGUCAAUCAAUGGCAAUAAUAAGCUCACAAAUCGGCUUAACACUAUCGGAGAACAGCAAAAACAACAGCAGCAGCAGCAGCAGCGUCAACAUCAACAUCCACAUCAAAAAGCGAUUCAAAAGGAACAACAAUCGAAUUCAGUUUUAAAAAAUCUUUUAAUCAGCGGAUGCGAUCAAAUGAAGAUGCUUAAAAUAGAUCCUAUGAUUGAUGAUGUGGGCGGUUUAAAAGGUAAUAUAUCACUGAAUUCACCAGAUUCAUGCCUGGUGCGUUCCGUCAGUAAUAGUCCGACACAAUUCUCCCCAAAACCAAUUUCGAUGUUGCGCAACUAUCAUCAAAAUCCUAUGAUAGGCGGACCGUGUAUGCUAGCCUCGCCGACAUUAACGAUUAAUAAUAACAAUUGUCAAGUGAUGCCAUCAGAAUUACCGAUUAUUACUGGCAGCGUCAAUGAUGUCACUCGUGGUAGCGGCAUGGAUGACAUCAACAUGAAUGACGACAAUCUUUGUCCAUUAAAGGAUUCGUUUGAUUUAAAAGGAAUCCCAGACUCCUUUUCCGAUAACAAUAUAAUGCUCAAUCCCGUAAAAGAGUACGAAAAAUCUCUCGUAACUGAUAAAAAUGAAUUAACCCCGUUCACAAUGCUUAAUGGCCAACCACCGCCUCUUGAAAAUACAAUGCAAUUUAAAGACGAUGCUAUCAUUAACGGUGACAAUAUACGAAGUAUUGUCGCUAACGACGAUAAUCUUGAUAAAAGCAAACAUUCGAGAUCAUUAAUCGAUAAUAAUAACCCAUUAAUGAGUCCAUUCCUAAUGGAUCUGUGUAGCGAUGAUUAUCACAUGAAUACCGAUGAAUAUUUAAAGGAAAGCGAUAUUGAAAUUGUGCUCAACGAAUGGCCAACUGAAUUGGUUUAAUCAGCAAUAAAGAUAUUACAUAAGUGUAUACAUAAAUGCACAUCAAAUAUAUAUUAUUCUUAAAUGCUAUGAAUUU